AUGUGGUUCCUGGUUCUGGGCCUCGCGCUGUCCCUGGGGGGCACUGGUGCCGUGCCCCCCAUGCAGUCCCGGAUCGUCGGAGGCUGGGAGUGCCAGAGACAUUCGCAGCCCUGGCAGGUGGCCGUGUUCAGUUACCACAAGCCUGAGUGCGGGGGCGUGCUGAUCCGGCCCCAGUGGGUGCUCACGGCCGCUCACUGCAGGAGCAAAAAUUUCCAGCUCUGGCUGGGCCGCCACGACCUGGAAGAACCGGAAGCGACGGCUCAGUAUGUGCAGGUCAGCGCCAGCUUCCCACACCCCUGCUACAACGCGAGCUCCCCCGAGAGCCAGCUCCCCGGCCAGGGCCAGGACUACAGCCAUGACAUCAUGCUGCUGCGCCUGAAGGAGCCGGCGCAGAUCACCGACGCCGUGCAGGUCCUGGACCUGCCCACCGAGGAGCCUGUAGUGGGCAGCACCUGCAUAGCCUCGGGCUGGGGCACCACGGACCCCGAAGCCGGUCCGUCUGGGCCCGUGUGCGUGCGUGUGUGCGGGGACUCGGGCGGCCCGCUGGUCUGCGAUGGCAUGUUGCAAGGUAUUACGUCAUGGGGCCACACCACGUGCGCCACCCCCAACAAACCGGCUGUCUUCACUAAAGUGCUUCCGUAUGUAGACUGGAUCCUGGACACCAUGGCGGCCAACCCCUGA